AUGAAGGGCCUAAGACUGCUAUUCCUGGCAUUUUGUCUGAUUGUGGGCUGGGAGUUCGCUCUAGCAAAUCCAUCUGGAAACCGAAUGGAGGAAGAGCCUGUCGAGUACUGCACCACGUUCGAGCGGAAGCCGGGAAGAAUCAUUCAUGUCACUAAAUGUGCGUACAUGAUGGAUAUAGUGGCUAAGAUUAAGGCGAAGAGGCAGCUCACCCCCAGGGAACAGAACAUCACGCUAAAUUCCCGACGUGAAAACUUUAAAAGAGCUGUGUGCUGCGAAGAUUUAGUCAACGAUUCCGGAUUGGAGCUGCUAAAGCAGAGUGAGCAGGAAUGCGGAGAUUAUACCCAGGAUUUGGUGUUCGGUGGUCAGGAGAUUAACAUGGGAACGCGUCCUUGGAUGGCCUUGCUGGAAUAUGACGAUCCGAUGUUUAGGUUCCAGUGUGGUGCCACCUUGAUAACACCGCGCUACCUCUUGACCGCGGCCCAUUGCAUAAAUAAAAAGUUGAUAUCCGUUCGUUUGGGGGAGCACAGCAUCUCUUCCGAAGAAGAUUGUCGGAAUUUUGGCUCUCAAGUCCUCUGCAUGCCGUCUCCCCAAAAUAUUGGUAUUGAAAAGACCAUUGUUCACGCGAACUUUAACGUUUUGAAAAUCAUCUACGACAUUGCGUUAAUUCGGCUGGAGAGACCUGCUGAGAUCACGAGAAACGUCAAGACCAUCUGCCUGCCUCUGUACGAGGACGUGCAGGGUAGCAUCUUGAGGCGCAGUGUCCAACAAGUGACCGGCUGGGGGAUUUAUAACAACAGGGACUUCUCCGACGUGCCCAACGAGGCACCUAUAAGUCGUCUGCAUCCCUCCAAGUGCCGCACGGGUCGACAUGUGGAGCUCUUGGAGAACCAGUUGUGUUUCAACUCCUCCGGCACAGAUAGCUGCCGUGGCGACUCUGGGGGACCGCUUUCAUUUCCUUAUAUAUACAAAGGGCUGCAACGCUUCGUCCAGAUGGGCAUCGUGAGCUAUGGACCACAAAGGUGCGGAUCUGAAAGUACAGCUGUAUACACGGAUGUGAUCUGGUUCUUGCCCUGGAUAACUCAGAACAUUGAGCCAUAA